CAGGAACCAUACUCAGAACUCUCCAGCCCUUCUUCCUCUACACGAACAUCUCAUCUUCAUCAAUCGCAUAACCUAACAUGCCGAUCAGCCGGAUCACGGUGGGAAGAACGGAGGAGGCGACUCGCCCCGACGCCUUGAAGGCCGCGCUGGCGGAGUUCAUCUCAACCCUACUCUUUGUGUACGCUGGGGAAGGGUCAGGGAUGGCUUUCAACAAGCUCACUAGUGACGGCGCCGCCACACCCGCGGGCCUCAUCGCUGCUGCCGUGGCACAUGCAUUUGCCCUUUUCGUGGCGGUUUCCAUCGCCGCCAACAUCUCCGGCGGCCACGUCAACCCCGCAGUCACUUUCGGGGCUUUUGUUGGCGGCAAUAUCAGCCUACUUCGCGGCAUACUGUACUGGAUUGCUCAGCUGCUCGGCGCAGUGGUCGCUUGCUUGCUUCUCAAGUUCACCACCGGAGGCUUGACUACCUCUGCCUUUGCAUUGUCAUCUGGGGUCAGCGUCUGGAACGCCUUCAUCUUUGAGACAGUGAUGACUUUUGGGCUAGUGUACACCGUGUACGCCACCGCAGUGGAUCCCAAGAGGGGCAGUUUGGGAACAAUCGCACCAAUUGCUAUCGGCUUCAUCGUGGGCGCCAACAUCUUGGCUGGUGGAGCCUUCGAUGGGGCGUCAAUGAACCCAGCGGUGUCGUUCGGCCCAGCCGUGGUGAGCUGGAGCUGGGACAACCACUGGGUCUACUGGGCCGGGCCUCUAGUCGGUGGUGGGCUUGCUGGGCUCGUCUACGAGCUUUUCUUCAUCAACCAGACCCAUGAGCAGUUGCCAACAACCAGUGAUUACUAAACGGUGCAAGGGCUAAAAAGUAAAUUCCCACUCUCUGUUGUUUCUUGUGUAUGUAAUUCCGUUUGAUUUUACAUGCUUUGUGUUCUAAUUUGUAAUUAUUGGUAGUUUGAUUUGAUCGGUUUGGAUGAUGUUCGUGUGAUGAGUCAAUGGGCUGAUUGUGCUGCUGCUGUGGCCCAGUAAUGUUAUUAAAGAUUCCCACCUCUUUCUUUCUU